AUUACCUGGCGACCUGGGCCAUAGCAACAGCUCUUCAAUUCUCUGCAGUUUAGGUCCUGAAGAAGCCCACAACCAUGGGGCUGGGCAAAGGAAAUGAUAAGUACAAACUGGCAGCUACCUCCGAAAAUGGGGACAAAAAGAAAAAGGACAAUAUGGAUGAUCUGAAGAAAGAAGUUGACUUGGAUGACCACAAACUGACCUUCGAUGAACUUCACCGCAAAUAUGGAACAGAUCUUCAGAGGGGCCUGUCCUCCUCCCGUGCGAAAGAGAUCCUUGCCCGUGACGGACCCAACGCCCUCACCCCGCCCCCCACCACCCCAGAGUGGAUCAAGUUCUGCAAGCAGCUCUUUGGAGGUUUCUCCACUCUGCUGUGGAUCGGAGCCAUCCUCUGCUUCCUGGCCUACGGUAUCCAGGCCGCCUCCGAGGAUGAACCUGCAAACGAUAACUUGUACCUGGGUAUUGUGCUGUCUGCUGUCGUCAUCAUCACCGGUUGUUUCUCCUAUUACCAAGAGGCUAAGAGUUCUAAGAUCAUGGAGUCUUUCAAGAACCUUGUCCCUCAGCAAGCCCUGGUCAUCCGUGACGGAGAGAAGAAGAGCAUCAAUGCCGAAGAGGUGGUUGCUGGAGAUCUGGUGGAGGUGAAGGGUGGAGACAGGAUCCCUGCUGACCUGCGUAUCAUCUCUGCUCAUGGCUGCAAGGUGGACAACUCUUCCCUCACCGGAGAGUCCGAGCCACAGACUCGUACCCCCGACUUCUCCAACGACAACCCCCUGGAGACCAGGAACAUUGCUUUCUUCUCCACCAACUGUGUUGAAGGCACUGCCAAUGGCAUCGUAAUCAACACUGGUGACCGCACCGUCAUGGGCCGUAUUGCCACCCUGGCCUCCAGCCUGGAGGGAGGACAGACACCCAUCGCCAAAGAGAUUGAGCACUUUAUCCACAUCAUCACGGGCGUGGCCGUCUUCCUGGGUGUCACCUUCUUCAUCCUGUCCCUCAUUCUCGGCUAUGGCUGGCUGGAGGCUGUCAUCUUCCUUAUCGGUAUCAUUGUGGCCAAUGUGCCCGAGGGUCUUCUGGCUACUGUCACUGUGUGUCUUACCCUGACUGCCAAGCGUAUGGCCAAGAAGAACUGCCUGGUGAAGAACUUGGAAGCCGUGGAAACUCUGGGCUCCACCUCCACUAUCUGUUCUGACAAGACCGGAACCCUGACCCAGAACCGCAUGACUGUCGCCCACAUGUGGUUCGACAACCAGAUCCAUGAAGCAGACACCACAGAAAACCAGUCGGGAACCUCUUUUGACCGUACCUCCGCUACCUGGACCCAACUGGCCCGAGUGGCUGGCCUGUGCAACCGUGCUGUCUUCCUGGCUGAUCAGCAGAAUGUUCCCAUCCUCAAGAGAGAUACGGCUGGAGAUGCCUCCGAGUCUGCCCUGCUGAAGUGCAUUGAGCUGUGCUGUGGCCCUGUGACUGAGAUGCGUGACAAGCACUUCAAGGUUGCUGAGAUCCCCUUCAACUCCACCAACAAAUACCAGGUAUCCAUCCACAAGAACGCCACCCCUGGAGAGACCAAGCACUUACUGGUGAUGAAGGGAGCCCCAGAGAGGAUCCUGGACCGUUGCUCAUCCAUUGUCCUCAACGGCAAGGUGCAGGACCUUGACGACGAGAUGAAGGAUGCCUUCCAGAAUGCCUAUGUUGAGCUUGGAGGCCUGGGUGAAAGAGUGCUCGGUUUCUGCCAACUUAGCCUGCCCGAUGACCAGUUUCCUGAUGGAUUUGCUUUUGAUACCGAAGAGGUGAACUUCCCCACAGAGAAACUCUGCUUCGUUGGCCUUAUGUCCAUGAUUGACCCUCCCCGUGCUGCUGUGCCCGAUGCUGUCGGCAAAUGCAGGAGUGCCGGUAUCAAGGUCAUCAUGGUGACUGGUGAUCAUCCAAUCACUGCCAAGGCCAUUGCCAAGGGUGUGGGCAUCAUCUCUGAGGGAAAUGAGACCGUGGAGGAUAUUGCAGCUCGCCUCAACAUUCCUGUUACUGACGUCAACCCAAGAGAUGCCAAGGCCUGUGUGGUCCAUGGUAAUGAGCUGAAGGACAUGGAAUCUGAAAAACUGGACGACAUCCUCAAGCACCACACUGAGAUUGUGUUUGCCAGAACAUCUCCACAGCAGAAGCUCAUCAUCGUAGAAGGCUGCCAGAGACAGGGUGCCAUUGUGGCUGUGACAGGAGAUGGUGUGAACGACUCCCCUGCCCUGAAGAAGGCUGACAUCGGUGUUGCUAUGGGUAUCGCCGGCUCUGACGUCUCCAAGCAGGCUGCUGACAUGAUCCUUCUGGAUGACAACUUUGCCUCCAUCGUCACAGGAGUCGAGGAAGGUCGUCUGAUCUUUGACAACUUGAAGAAGUCCAUUGCCUACACUCUGACCAGUAACAUCCCCGAGAUCUCACCCUUCCUCCUCUUCAUCCUUGCCAACAUCCCCCUGCCCCUGGGCACAGUCACCAUCCUGUGUAUCGACCUGGGAACUGACAUGGUUCCUGCCAUCUCCCUGGCCUAUGAAAAAGCUGAGAGCGACAUCAUGAAGAGACAGCCCAGAAACCCUCUAACAGACAAGCUAGUGAAUGAAAGACUCAUCAGUAUUGCCUAUGGACAGAUCGGCAUGAUGCAGGCCACAGCAGGAUUCUUCACCUACUUUGUGAUCCUGGCUGAGAAUGGUUUCCUGCCAAUGGAUCUGAUAGGCAUCCGCAUGAACUGGGAUGACAAAGACUACCAGGAAGUUGAAGACAGCUAUGGCCAGCAAUGGACAUACGAACGCAGAAAAAUAGUGGAGUUUACAUGCCACACUGCCUUCUUCGCCAGUAUUGUGGUUGUGCAGUGGGCUGACCUUAUUAUCUGCAAAACAAGGAGGAACUCCAUCAUGCAGCAGGGGAUGACGAACAAAGUCCUCAUCUUCGGCCUGUUUGAGGAGACAGCCCUGGCUGCCUUCCUGUCAUACUGUCCUGGCAUGGACGUCGCACUCAGAAUGUACCCACUCAAGCCUACCUGGUGGUUCUGUGCCUUCCCCUAUUCCCUGCUCAUCUUCCUCUAUGAUGAGGCCAGAAGAUAUAUCCUGCGGAGAAACCCCGGAGGCUGGGUGGAACAAGAAACAUAUUAUUAAAUAUGCAAAACACUGUACACCGCCUCACACUCUCACGUGCAUCACCAAUUUGUGCCUUAAAAAAGAGAUGCAUUUUGUAUUUUUGAGAUGGCAUUGGUUAUUUAAAAAAUAAAGUAUCACUCCAACUUAAAUAUCUUUGUGUCAGACAUUUUUUCCUUAUCCAUGUUGUCAUAUUUUAUCAACAGGGGUGGGGGGUGGA